AUGUACUUUGUCGAAGAGGAAGAGGCAGAGCCAGAGCCAGAGCAGGAGCAGGAAGAAGAAGGAGGAGGAGGAGAGCAACAAGAAUACACAGAGUAUCAAGAGCAGGAGACACAUGAAGAAGAGGAAGAACGUCCUCGACCCAAGCCCUUGGUCCCCCAGCUUGCACCACCUAAAAUCCCAGAGGGGGAGAGAGUGGACUUUGAUGAUAUCCACAGGAAAAGAAUGGAAAAAGACCUACUGGAGCUACAGACACUGAUUGAUGUGCACUUCGAACAGAGGAAGAAAGAGGAGGAGGAGCUGAUUGGACUUAAGGAGAGGAUUGAAAGACGUCGGUCAGAGAGGGCAGAGCAGCAGCGGGUCCGAGCAGAAAAGGAAAGAGACAGACAGACGAGAAUUGCGGAGGAGCGCCAAAGGAAAGAGGAUGAGGAGGCGAAGAAGAGAGCAGACGACGAAGCCAAGAAGAAGAAAGUGCUCUCAAACAUGGGCGCCCACUUUGGCGGUUUCCUGGCCAAGGCGGAGCAGAGGAGGGGGAAGCGGCAAACAGGGCGGGAGAUAAAGAGGAAGACUCUGGCAGAGAGACGCACACCCCUGGGCAUCGACAACCUUCGAGAGGAGGGGCUCAGGCAACGAGCUCAGGAGAUGUGGAAUUGGAUCUAUCAGCUGGAGUCUGAGAAAUUUGAUUUCAUGGACGAGAUGAAGAGACAGAAAUAUGAGAUCAUUGUUCUCUUGAAUAGAAUCUCUCAUGCCCAGAAGUUUAAAAAGGGCCAUGGCAAAGGCAAGGUUGGGGGUCGCUGGAAGUAAACUGCCACUUGAGAAGAGGCCAGAAAUGCAAAACAGACAACUGAAUAUGGAGACUGGAGGUUUAUGUUACAGGAAGAUAGAGGGAAGGAGGAACAAAAGCCCAGAACUCAUCUCAUCCACUCUGUUUCUCCUUAACUGCUUACAAUGCAUGUCUUUAAAUCUGUGGAAAAACUGAUAGUAUGGUGAAACAAGGUGUAUAGAUAGUAAAAUGGUAUGCAUUUAA